CUGAAUGAGCCAAUCAGCGACGGCGUUUCUCGGAACCCGGGAGUGAAACUGGAGUAAUGUAAAUGCGCCGCGUCCUGCUAUAAACUGUCAAAUACAACUACUUUGAGCUUUGAUUGCAAUUUUGGAACUAAAGCGGUACUUGGACAUGGAUGCCGAGGGCUUCGGGGAGUUGCUGCAGCAGGCAGAGCAGCUGGCAGCUGAGACGGAGGCUGUGUCCGAGCUGCCCCACGUCGAACGCAAUCUUCAGGAGAUCCAGCAGGCUGGAGAGAGGCUUCGCUCUCGCACCCUCACACGCACCUCACAGGACACAGCAGAUGUCAAAGCCUCGAUUCUUCUGGGCUCCAGAGGUCUAGACAUCUUUCACAUUUCCCAGCGCCUGGAGAGUUUGAGUGCUGCAACGACCUUUGAGCCACUGGAACCAGUGAAAGAUGCAGACAUUCAGGGCUUUUUGAAAAAUGAGAGAGACAAUGCACUGCUGUCUGCGAUCGAGGAGUCUCGCCGCAGGACUUUCCUGCUGGCGGAGGAAUAUCAUCGUGAGUCCAUGUUGGUGCAGUGGGAACAGGUGAAGCAGAGAGUGCUGCACACCCUGCUGGGAGCAGGCGAGGAUGCACUGGACUUCAGCCAGGAUGUAGAGCCGAGUUUUAUAAGUGAAGUGGGAGCUCCAGGACGCAGCUCUCUGGACAGUGUGGAGGUGGCUUAUGGGCGACAGAUCUACAUUUUCAACGAGAAGAUUGUAAACGGACACGUUCAGCCCAAUCUGGGGGACUUGUGUGCAUCGGUAGCUGAUAGUCUGGAUGAUAAGAACGUAUCUGACAUGUGGCUGAUGGUGAAGCAGAUGACAGAUGUGCUCCUUGUGCCAGCCAAAGACACCCUGAAGAGUCGUGUCUCUGUGGAGAUGCAGAUGGCUUUUGUCCGCCAGGCCCUGGCUUUCCUGGAGAACAGCUAUAAGAAUUACACCAUGGUGACCGUAUUCGGGAACCUGCACCAAGCUCAGUUAGGCGGAGUACCUGGUACUUUUCAGCUUGUGCACAGCUUUCUCAACAUUAAACUUCCUGGUCCACUUCCAGGAAUGCAGGAUGGUGAGGUGGAGGGCCACCCGGUGUGGGCUCUGAUCUAUUACUGCCUGCGAUGUGGAGACUUAGCUGCAGCAAUGCAUGUGGUGAACCGAGCUCAGCACCAGCUCGGAGAAUUUAAGACCUGGUUCCAGGAGUAUAUGAACAGCCCUGACCGCCGCCUGGCACCAGCCACGGAGAAUAAAGUACGACUGCAUUACCGGCGUGUGUUACGCAACAGCGCUGAUCCAUACAAGCGCGCUGUCUACUGUCUCAUCGGCAAGUGUGACAUCGCUGACAACCACGGGGAGGUGGCUGAUAAAACCGAAGAUUAUCUGUGGCUCAAGCUGAACCAGGUGUGUUUUGAUGAAGACGGAAGCAGCGCUCCACAGGACAGACUCACUUUGGCCCAGUUACAAAAGCAACUCCUGGAGGACUACGGCGAAUCUCAUUUCUCAGCCAGUCAGCAGCCGUUCCUUUACUUCCAGGUGCUGUUUCUGACCGCGCAGUUCGAAGCAGCGAUAGCGUUCCUCUUCCGUGUGGAGCGUCUGCGCAGUCACGCCGUGCACGUGGCCCUCGCCCUCUACGAACUUAAACUGCUUAUCAAAUCAUCUGGACAGAGCGCACAGCUAUUGAGUCAUGAACCAGGAGAUCCCCCCAUGGUCCGCCGACUCAACUUCAUCCGUCUCCUCAUGCUCUACACUCGUAAAUUUGAGGCCACAGACCCACGAGAGGCUUUGCAGUACUUCUACUUUCUGCGGAAUGAAAAAGACAGCCAAGGAGAGAACAUGUUCAUGCGCUGCGUCAGUGAGCUGGUCAUUGAGAGUCGUGAGUUCGACAUGCUUCUGGGAAGGCUAGAAAAAGACGGAAGCAGAAAGCCUGGCGUGAUUGACAAGUUUGCUGGAGACACACGAGCCAUCAUCACCAAAGUGGCCUCAGAGGCUGAGAACAAGGGCCUGUUUGAGGAAGCUGUCAAACUCUAUGAGUUAGGCAAGAACCCAGAUAAAGUGUUGGAAUUAAUGAACAAGUUGCUGAGUCCAGUAAUUGCCCAGGUCAGCGCACCACAGUCGAACAAAGAGAGACUCAAGAACAUGGCGCUGGGAAUCGCUGAACGGUACCGGACGAACGGUACAGCUGGAGAGAAGUCCGUGGAUAGUACGUUUUACUUGCUCCUGGACCUCAUGACCUUCUUUGAUGAAUACCACGCUGGCCAUAUCGACCGCUCCUACGACGUAAUAGAGAGGCUAAAGCUGGUUCCUUUGAGCCAAGACCAAGUAGAGGAGAGGGUGGCAGCAUUCAGGAACUUCAGUGAUGAGGUCAGACACAAUUUAUCCGAAGUGCUUCUUGCCACUAUGAACAUCCUUUUCACACAAUACAAGCGCCUGAAGGGGGCGACAGCGGGAACUCCAGGCAGACAACAGCGUGUACUGGAGGACCGAGACUCGAUACUGCGCAGCCAGGCCCGAGCACUGAUUACUUUUGCUGGGAUGAUCCCAUACCGCAUGGCUGGAGACACCAAUGCCAGGCUGGUACAGAUGGAAGUCUUGAUGAACUAGGAGAACGAGAGAGAACUGUGUCCCCACAGUUGCUUUUUCUCAUACCCCUUAAUCACCCCACCCCCCAUGUUUUUUUCAUGAAUCAUACUUUGUUGUAUGAAUUUAUAUUUGUAUUAUUUUUCAUCAUUUUGAAAAAAUAAAAAAAAACCCAUUUCAGUUUA